AUGAGCGUGUUUGGGAAGACGUCCGGCUUUGGACGCAAGGCGCAAGAUAGCUCAAAUCCGAUGCAGGAUAUUGAGGUGUCGUCUCCUCCAGAUGAUAGCAUCAGCUCUUUGGCUUUCAGUCCUGAAGUGGUCCAAGGAAACUUCCUAAUUGCAGGAUCUUGGGCCAGUGAUGUGCGAUGUUGGGAAGUCCGGGAUACAGGAAAAACAAUUCCCAAGGCCCAGCAGAUGCAUAAUGGCCCAGUUCUGGAUGUCUGCUGGAGUGAUGAUGGCAGUAAGGUCUUCACAGCAUCGUCUGAUAAAACUGCCAAAAUGUGGGAUUUGAAUAGCAAUCAGAGCAUGCAGAUAGCACAGCAUGAUGCUCCCAUUAAAACUGUUCACUGGAUAAAAGCCCCAAACUACAGCUGUGUCAUGACUGGCAGUUGGGACACAACCCUAAAGUUUUGGGACACUCGCACUCCAAAUCCCAUGCUGUCCUUACAGCUGCCUGAGAGGUGCUAUUGUGUUGAUGUGGUUUAUCCAAUGGCUGUGGUGGCAACAGCUGAGAGAGGACUCAUAGUGUACCAGUUAGAGAACCAACCCUCUGAAUUUAGGAGGAUCGAAUCUCCACUGAAACACCAACAUCGCUGUGUGGCCAUCUUUAAGGACAAGCAGAAUAAACCCACUGGAUUUGCACUGGGAAGCAUUGAGGGGCGAGUUGCCAUUCACUACAUAAACACCUCUAACCCAACAAAGGACAAUUUCACUUUCAAGUGUCACAGAUCUAAUUACUUGGCCACAACCAGCACUCAAGACAUAUAUGCAGUUAAUGCAAUCUCCUUCCAUCCAGUGUAUGGGACCCUGGCCACCGUAGGCUCUGACGGAUGCUUCAGCUUCUGGGACAAAGAUGCUCGCACCAAACUGAAGACAUCAGAGCAGCUGGACCAGCCAAUCACAGCCUGCUGCUUCAGUGCCACUGGCAACAUAUUUGCGUAUGCAUCUGGUUAUGACUGGUCGAAGGGCUAUCAGUAUAACAACCCUCAGAAAAAGAACUACAUCUUCCUCCGUUGUGCCAAUGAGGAACUCAAACCACGAGGCAAGAAAUGGUGA